AUGAAGGCUUUCCAAACAACAUUAAUGAAACUCACGAAGUAGAAGCUUAGCCCUAACAACAAUAAAAAUUAAAUGACAAUAACUGCUAAAAAUAAGUAUAAAAAUAUUACGGAUAGCUUCUUGAACACCUCAAUAGAUGAAAAACAUUACAAAGGUAUUGAAAGAAUAAAUAUACCAUCUAAACUACGAAAUGAUAAAUAUUAAUCUAAAAGCCUUGUCACAAGGUAAAACUCAACAUAGUUAAGUUUCAAUCAGCAGAUAAACGGACAUAAGUACCUGCUUCCAUUCAGUGAGAAAGAAGAACUUUAAUAAAAGUUUUCAACAAUGAGUGAGUAAAAGUAAAGAGAACACAGUGCUGCCCAAAAAUACUACUUAAAAUAUGAUAUCCCAAAAAUCAGAACAGUAACAAUAGAGCAAAGUGAAUAAGAGUAGAAAGAGUAGGAAUCUAUUGAUGAUAUUAGAGGUAGUGCAAAAGCUUUUGAUUUCGAUCAAUCCUUUAUGCAGCUGAAAGCUAGACAAAUAGAACUUGAGUAAAGCAUCUAAAACUAACCUAGAAAACCAAAGGGUGCUCUACCCCCGAGAGAAAUACCAGCCAAUCAAAGAGCAAGCAGCUUAAUGCAUUUAUCCAGAGAGCUAUUUUAGAAGCAGGCCAAUUUGAGUAGUUACUAUUAAACUGGCAUGAAUAUUGAGAACUCAGUUUUAAAGGAUCGAAACCUGACUACAAUUUAAAAUCCAUAUCUAAUAACAGUGACCAAGGAUUUAUUCGGUUCUCCUUAAUAGUUUGAUUUUGCAUAGGCCAAUAAUUUCAACUAUGAUCAUAAGCAAUUUUUCCCAAAGACUUCAUUAUACAGCUAAAAGAAAGAGAAAUUGAACGAUUAUAAGCAUAACAUAUCAACCUAGGUUGAUGAAAAUAAGGAUGAUUUGAUUAUUAACAAGUUCUAAAUGAAUCACAAAUACAAGCAUUAUGAGAGAGAUUCCUAAUUGAAGGUUCUGAAUUUAGACUUGAAUAAAAGCGAAAUGAUCAGUGGAAACUAAUCUCUAGAGAUGACAAAUCGAGAUAAAAUUAGCACCUCUUUCGUUUAGUAAUUAGACAUUGACUCAGGGAAUAAUACAAAGAGAGAUAGGAUAGUGUUGAUAUAAAAGAACCAACUAAAAGUUCAUACAAGAAUUAAGAAAUCUGGAAUGAUAUCUCCAAUGAGAAAAAGUAAAUUAGAUAAGUAAAUUAAGGAGUCUCAGAAAUUUGUAGUAAAAAUUAGAGCAGAUGACUUUAUCAAAAUAGCUAGCAACUAAAUACAUUCAUAUACUACUAACAAUGGCGAUUAGUCAUCAUAGAAUGCAAACAAGCAGCAGUUAGAGCAUUUCGACACUUACCCAUUAAAUACCAAUAUGCAGAGCAGUGGAGAAUUAGUGAAGAAUGAGGAGUCAAUCGGCAAUCAUCUAGAGAAAAAGAUUGAUUAACCCUCAAAUAGAAAUACCUAACUUGAAAAAUAGAGUAAACUCUUAUCCUCAAGGAAAAAGGAAGAGAAUUCACGAGCUAAAUCUCAUAUAUCCAAAGACAAAGCAGCUGCAAUUAUGUUCUUCCAGACUGAAAUUGAGAAUAUCAACAAUAACAGCAGCGUCAAUAAGACCCACAGUAAGAGUAGAAAUGCCUACUACGACUAGAAUUAAAAGUCGAAGAGAAAUUAGUCUCUAGAAAGCUACCGCUAAUAGAUGCAGUCGCCUCUAAGAAAUAGUAUCGUCAAUGAAAUAAUGGAAAAAUCCUCAAUUUUAGAUUCUGGAUAAUCCAGUGGAUUUCCUAGCCUCAUCAACUUAAACAAUGUUAAUGUUAGUGCAUACUCUAAGAAUAUAACAGACCUCAAGAACAAAACCUAGCCUAUAAAUAAUGCGAUCAAUGUCACUGCUGUAGUUAUAAAUCCCUCUGAGACUCAGCACGUUUUUGGAAUAAACAAGAUUUAAAACACAAAAGACUUUCUUAGUACUUACUUUAAGAGUAAAGAUCCAAAGCCCUUUGAAAAUUUCUAGAAGAAGUAUAAAAUGCAGAAGGUAAGAGAUGCAGUUGCUAAAUUAGAGCGGUCAACUUUAAAUCACAACGCGAAUCCCAAUAAAACUAUGUGA